AUGACACAGGAUCUAUCAGGUGUAACUUCUGCAGAAGAGCUAGCCGAAAAAUACCAAAAAUUAUUUUCGGAAUAUUCACGGAUCAAAGCUCAACAAUCAAUACUUAAGAAGGCUGUUAUUAAGGAACAAGCAGAUAAUGCGUCAUUAAAGGAAGAACGUAGAUCUAAAGAACAAGAAUUGCGAUCAUCUUUAGAACAAUUAGAUCUUUUGACACUUCAUAAUCAACGUUUAACAAGACGUAUUGAAAGUUUGCAAGAUUCAAGCGGUUCGAGGAUAUCGUCUGGUUGGUUUUUGGGUUCCGCAAAAAAAGAGCUUGAACAAUUAAAAUCUAAUUUGGAAGCUGCUACAGUAGAGCUUCAAAGAAAGAUUGAAGAAAAUGAAUUUAUGAGAUCACAACAUGCAUCUGAAGAAGCUAUAAAUGUUUUGGGAAGAGAAAAACAUGAACUUCAUAAUGAAGUUGAUAAAAUAAGAGCUGAAUUAAACAUGUAA